AUACUCUAGAAUCUAGAUCAAGGAGGAUGUGUUUUGAUCCAGUUCCCAAUUCCUUGAAUAAUGGCAAGUAUAAGUACUUUUCCGACACAGUCGCUGUCCCAUAAUGUAUCACCGUGUUACAUCUUACUUUUCCUCCUCACUUAUAAAUCAUAAUCAACAUUCUUAAAAUUAAAAACUACCUCUUACUAUACUAGUCUACCACUUUUUGAGUAUUUGACCAAAAGAGUACAGCAAAAGAGAAAGAGAAAAACACCCAUUUAAUAUAAUCAUACAUCUUAUUAGUAUAUGCUUGAAGUUGCUUACUUUUUCAUAAAUUCCUUAAUUUUCUCUCUCAAAAAUGAAGCCAGAAAAUGAAGAAGAAGCAGCAACAUCAAGGGAAGUUGUUGCUGUUGUUGUUGCUGCAACCGCAACAACAACAACUGUUGUUGCAAGCAGAAGUGGAAGAUCAAAAACCCCAUCUAAUUUUAUAGGCAGACAUCGUUUACAAGCUGCAAUUUCUCAUCUUGACCAACAAAUCCGGAUGAUUCAGGAUGAAUUAGAUGAGCUUGAUUCCAUUGGUGGACCUUCUACAGUGUGCGAUGAGUUGAUUUCAGGAAUUGAAUCAGUUCCGGACCCUCUUCUUCAAAUGACAAAAGGGCCAAUAGAUGUAAACUGGGAAAGGUGGUUUGGGGGAGGCAGCAGCUCAAGGAGUCACAGGCGUUGGAUCUGAUUUUAUUCAACAAACACAAACUGUUUCCUACUCACAAGUCACAAAUUCAUUCAAUGUAGUAAAUUUAUUUAUUUUUGGUUAGCUAAAGUUUAUAAUUUGCCAUGUCGUCAGUCUUUUUCGUUUGUGGAACCCAAAAAAAAAAAAAAAAUUCAGUGUACACAUCAACUCAUUGUUAACCUCGUUUAGCUAUACAAGCUAACUUAGUAAAGCACACAAGUUUGCGAUUUUUAACCGAGAUUAACCUUGAAUCAAAAGGUCCAAAAUUUUGUAGAACUUGUGCUGCAAAUGAAUGACAAGAAAAGUGAUAGUGUUCGUGGAAA